AUGAUGUGGAUAUUCCUUGUGCUUCUGGUGCUGCCUUCUGGACUUAGCAGCGAUAGCUGUCCAGCAAACGGCCAGGCCUGCAACCAGAGCGCCAAGAGGAAGGCUUUCUGGAAGAGCAUGCGACAAGAAGGCCUCGAGCUGAAGCUUCGCCGGAAGACAGUCGAGGAGAAGGCCUUCGGUGGACAGCCUGCCCACAACAGGACUGCAAUGGUCUUGUCGGACGACGUCUUCUAUGGCCGUGCUAUCAUGAAGAUCCCCCGCCAGGCGGUCCUGACCCUGGAAACGACCAGAGAAGAGAAGCUUCGAAAGGAGCUGACGGGCUUCCUAUUCGAGAAGAGGAAGCUGGAGAUGCUCUACAACAUCUCUAGUGAGGACUACACCCAUCUACUCAGCUUGGCCUAUCCGCUCAUUGCGGAAAGACGGAAUCCUGAGUCGGUCUUUCACGAGUGGUUGAAGGCGACGGAGAAUGCUUCCGUCUUCGCCUUGCAGCUUACGCAUCGGCAAAAGAAGGUGCUAACCGGUACCACCGUAGAGGAUGCCAUCCAGGAGAUGGCUUACAGGAAGCACUUGAUCCUCGACACCGCAUCCAACCUUACUUUCUUCAAGAAGAAGUCAGUGACUCAAGCCGAAGCCGUCUGGGCGCUGGCGGUGAUUAUGCGGCAUGGUCGUGUGGUUCAUCCAUACCAAGAUCAACGGGAUGUCCGCAACCCGCGCAUGUACAUCUUCCCACUGCCAGAGCUGUUGGAUGUCGCUAUGCACGCCAGUCCCGGCGUGGCCAUUAGUUUCCAAGAGGAAGUGAUCAUAGAUGGAAAGCGUGAGCAGGACGUCGUGGUUCAGAUCGCACGCCGCGACAUGCCAAAGGGAGAGGAGAUUUUCGUUUGGCCGGGGCGCCUCUCCAACAGCGAGAUGAUUGCCAGGCAUGGCUUCAGCUUUCGCGAGAAUCCAAUCGGGAUUGGCCGGAACGUUUCGCAGCCACCCAGCUGGAGCGAAAACAAGAAUGCCAAGGGCCGGAAGGAGUACGACCUCUACAACUGUUCCUCUCUGGAGGCUUUUGAGAUGCGCUUCAGCGCUGAAGGCUAUCCGAUGCGAAACUUCGUGCGGUGUUACCGUGUCUCCUGGUUUAUUACCAACGGUUGGUAUUCGCCUGCACUCAAGAGCCGAAUGCGGGAGCUGAACAAGUGGCCGCCACCUGAGAAAUAUACGAAGUCUGACUGGCUCUCCUGGACUCAAGCCGAUGCAGAAGUCAAUCGUGCAAUUCUGGAGUAUUGUCAGUCCAUGAAGCAGCAGCUCAAGGACACGAUGGAUUCAGACACCGCAGAGGAUUUCCGACACUCCAAGGACCCUGUCGAUCGUGUGCUGUGGCACAUGCGAUCGGAGGAAUCCCGCACCUUCAAGAAUUGCAUUGCCGUGGCGAAGAAGAUAAAGAUGUAG